AUGCGCCAGAAUAAAUCGGUUGGGUCCAAGCGAAAGCUCGAAGACACCAAAUUUGGUGAGGUUUCAAGGGGUAAGGUCUGUUUUUAUGCUAUUAUCUACAUUGAAACUGAUUUGUGGAAUGCGAUUUCAGGCACUACAAGCCACCACCAUCCUAGAGAUAGACCCAAUGAGAAGGACAUGAAGGCAUCUUUAUCAGAAGCAGGCUUUGAUAUUGAGGGAGGUAAAGUCGGCGACAGUCAUCUCUCCAAAUUAUACAAGAAACAUGUCUUUGAAAGUUCGAAAGCUCGGAAACAAAGCAAAGACUCUACUCCGUACGACGAACAAGAAAGGGCCAGAAUUCAGUCGACCAGAUAUAGCAGAACCGUGUAUUUUGAUCAGGAUCCUGCGGAGGAGACAGAAAUUCGAGUUGAAAAAGGCAUAGUCCUUCCUCCGGAGGCUCAUUUGUUUUCCUUCUCCCCCACAAAUGGACCAAAAAGUCCGGUGGCUUCCACAAGCUCUGCUUCGAGUCAUCUGAUUCCUGAACUGGAGAAUGGUGUUUUAAAAAACCCAUCUACGGGACCUGUAAGAGCACGCAGGAUUUCCGCCCGAUUGUCCGCCUUGCAGGCGGUUUUGACAAUUCCAGAAGAGGGGGAGUCGAUACCAACAGUUUAUUCAGACACAAAAUCACGCGGGAAUCCCCGAUCUCAUCCCCAGCCCAGAGUUCAGAGCCGCAGGACCUCGGAGAAGGUCAAGAAGGUCAAAACCGUGUCUCGAAGAGCCAAAGAUCAGCUGUUAAAAUCCGAGUUAUACAGCAAGGAACUUGUGAUUCCAGAAUGUGAAGAAGACGACCACAAUGAUAUUGACAAAUCAGUGGCAGAUGCCGAAGAGAUCAGGAUUGAGGAACAGCAAAGCACAGAUUUACAAGAGGUUGGAAAGAGUAAAGGAAAGGGAGCACCUCCGGGUUCCAAUCGUCUUCCCAAGCGAAUCUCGGCCGCUCCUGCUAAUCGUUUUGGCUUGCGAGUCUCCCAGCGUCGACGCACCCGUCCUGCCUCGCCUGUCAUCCAUCCUGAGAAAAAAACACGGUCCAAUGCAUUCUCUGAUUUGGGAGGCUCCAGCGAUGAAAACGAAGAAACCAGCGAUGAUUAUCUUCCUUCGAGUGACAAUGAGAGUAACGAGGAGGGAUCAAUUGCAUCAACACCAAUAAUCAAGUUGUCAGAUGCUCAUCCUCGACCAAAAGCAAAUCAAAAAACGUUGGCCCAAAGCCGAUGGAAGUCCAUGAAUUGUCACACCAAAAGUCUGAACCACCUUCCUCCAUCAUCUUCUGACGAGACAACCCAAACUCCGCAAAGGACCAAAAGGAAAGUGGCUCCUAUUUCACUGAGUCCUGAUUCCAGCGAAGAUACUCCUGAUCUGCACGAAACUUCAAACUUCCGAGAAUCCCCAAUUCAAACAAGACAAUCUAGUCUUCAAGAUUCUUUCUUGAAUUCAAUUGAGGAGGGCGAACCGGAGUUGACAUGUGGGGGAGUCCGGAAGAGGUGGAAAGGUAAAGGUCGUGCUGUCAAUCAAGAACAUAAACCGGAAGACGAAGAGGACGGCGAGAACUCCACAGGAUCCUACAACAUACUUCAACAGACUUAUUCAAAAGAAAAUAUUGACAAUGUGGAGGAAGUAGAAGACGAGUGGGAGGCGGGUGAUUUAUUUGGGGAGAACUUUUCUGCAAGUGGCAGAGGCGCAGCAAAGGAUUUUGAUGAUGAUGCAAAUCUGGACAGACAAUCUCAACAUGAUUUACCCGAAAUCAACAAUAGUGCUGGAGUUGAGGAUUUCAAAGAGGCCAUUGUUCUUUUGAAAUGUCUGGUCACUAACCAUUCUAAACAGAUCGAGAGAAUGAACAAGAGUCAUUCAAAAGAGAUGGAGAGAAUGGAUAAGAAGAUUGAUGUGCUAACAAACAUGAUAGACACCUACAUCAACAAGACCCCCUCUACAGCUCCGCGAGGAAAGAGAGGCGUUUCCAACUCUUCACCAGAAAGCUCUGAUGAAAAUGUUACUCCCAGAGCAGGUCGGAUACGAACUUUGAUCAAGACCCUCAUCAGGACUCUAUACGGCCUGAAGAAGAAUGUGAAGACUGUUCCUGAUGGAUCCAGCCCCGCUGAAAAACAAAAAUGGAUUCAAAAUAUUUCCAUUGAGGAAUUACUUGACAAAGCAGAAGACCUUCCAGAUGCGAUUCAGCCUCCUAUACAAUCAUCAGGAGAUCCAAGUUUCCCCUAUCCGGACGGUCCUGGCGGAGAGAAAGCUAGCAGCAAAGCGCUUCAAAUCAUGUGGGGUGUUAUGCAGCGCCUGCGUGUUGGGUCCUUUCGUCCCGAUUUUUCAGGACCCCUCGCUUCCACCAGUAACAUUUUCCUCUUUCGGAUGGCUGCUGUCAUUCUAAUUAAACUAGUUCAAUCAGGCGAAUACACGGGAGUUCAUUCAGAAGACCUUGAGCCAAAAAAAGUCUUGGGAUUGAUUGUAAGCCACGUCAAAGGCACAUGGUUCCGGAACUACCGUGAACAGCGUGAAUGGUCUCAAGAAAGACUUCAAGCGCGAGACAAGAGCAAACUCCAGAACAGUCGCAUUAAUCGAGUCCGGGAGGGUCGACUUGCCUAUGUUAUGUCUCAUAAAUCCUUAUGGCCUCUUUCAAAAGUCAUCCAGGACUGCUGUAGUGACGACGAGACUGAUUAUGAGGAUGAGCAGGGUCUCAAGCAUUGUAAGGUCCGUAUCUUACAAUGGAGAAGCUCUGCAUUGGAUUCUGUCUUUCAAUCUAUAGACAAGGCAAGACUCCGGGACAACUCCAUCAAGCUACUGUCCGGGAACCCCCACAGAGUGCGAAGCCGAAGUCACAAUAACCCAAUUAGCAGACUAGGACCUCCCCAGGAGAUUCAUAAAGAUUGCAUCUCUAAAGAUUACUAUAAUAGCCUCGAAGCCUGGGAAAAGUUAGAUAUCAAGAUCAUCAAUAAGUCAAUCUUGACAACAGUGAGAGACAUGAUAUCCAAAAAUGUUUUACCAGCACCUUUGUGA